AUGGGAUUUACGGCAGUAGUCAAGGGCAAUGAGUCCUACCCCGAGUCUCGGGUCCUUAUCAUCAUCACCGGCGGAACGAUAUGCAUGCAACCUUCGGAAGAUGGCUCCGGAUUGGUGCCCGUCGAUGGGUUCCUCGAGAAUGCCAUGGCGCCAAGGCCGUCAUUCAAUGACAAAUCUGAAAGAGUGAAGCUCUCGGCUAUCAAGAAUGGCGAGAAGAUUCAACUUGACAGUCUUCGCACACCUCCUAGCGCAUACUCGCGGCAUGUCCGCUACGGAGCUCUCGAGUUCAACCCGCUGCUAGAUUCCUCCAGUAUCAGCUCUGAUGGCUGGACCCAGAUUGCAAAUACGGUCCAAGAGAAUUACCAUCUCUUCGAUGGCUUUGUCGUGCUUCAUGGAACGGACUCGCUAGCCUACAGUGCAUCAGCCCUGUCUUUCAUGAUGGAAGACCUCGGCAAGCCAGUCAUCUUCACUGGUUCUCAAGCUUCCAUCUUUGCGCUCCAGUCGGAUGCUGUCGACAAUCUGCUUGGCUCGCUCAUUAUUGCAGGCACAUUUGUCAUCCCUGAAGUCUGCCUCUUCUUUCACCACACUCUGUUCCGAGGCAACCGAACGACCAAGGUCUCGGCAUCACAGUUUCAGGCUUUCGAUAGUCCCAACUGCGAGCCGCUGGCCAAGGUUACCAGCAUCGGUAUCGAGGUCAAUUGGUCCCUGAUUCACCGGCCGACGGCCAUUGCUCAAUUCAAGAUUACGCCGUACUUGGACACGACACACGUGGCAUGCGUGCGCAUCUUCCCUGGCAUCAAGCCUGAGAUGGUUGAUUUUGUGCUGCGUGUGCCCGACCUCAAGGGUCUGAUCCUCGAGACUUUCGGUAUGGGCAACGCGCCCUCGGGCGUCGACGGCAGCCUGACCAAGGCGAUUCGGUCCGCCGUGGAGCGCGGCAUCACCGUUAUCAACGUGUCGCAGUGCACCAACGGCUUCGUCUCGCCGCUGUACGCGCCCGGGUUCGCUCUCGGCAAGGCCGGCGUCGUCUUUGGCCACGAUCUGACGACCGAGGCUGCCCUGACCAAGCUCGGUUACCUCUUGGCUCGGGGUCUCGAGCCCGCGGACGUAGCCGCCCGCAUGUCGCGCUCUCUGCGUGGUGAGCUGACCGAGCUUGCCCUGCCCGCCUUCACGCACCCGGCAGCCGGUCUCGACGAGAGCGGAUCCCUACUUUCCGGCCCUGAGGCUGCCUUUACUCGGCUAGGCUACGCCAUUGCCAAGGGCGAUCUGUCCGCCGUGGUGGAGCUGCUCGAAGGCGAUGCCGUCAACCACCAGCUCCUCAUGCGGGCCGACUACGCUGGCAACACGGCCAUGCACCUGGCAGCCGUGGGUCCCGAGGUCGAAGUACUGAAGGAGCUUCUCCUGCGCGGCGCCAGCGUCCACGAGCGAAACCGUGCCAACAAUACGCCGCUGUUCCUAGCGGCCAAGGGCGGCAAGCAGGAGUUUGUGAAUCUGCUACGAGAGGCUGGUGCCGCCCUGUGGGAGGAGGAGACUGGUGUUGAUGGUGUCGUUACAAAGUCGUGA